CUGAGACAACACGUCCCACGCCAGAGCCAGACAGCCAGGGAACUUUGAUUUGACGCCAAGUAGCCUGCGAUGAAAAUGACGAUGAGGAGAAAGAGCCACGUUUCUUCUUCUCGGGAGGUGUAGAUAUGUCGGGCGUGUGCAACAUAUGAUGCCCUUGGACUCACAUGCUCAAUGAAGAUUUAUUUGCCUCUGAUUUCGCUCCUUAAUUCGCUGAUGGUGCCGCUUCGUUGUGCCUGCACUUAGGUCAGCCGAAUGAAUUUGAAGGCAGUCUGAGCGCAUUGUUUCCAGCUCCGUUGCAUAUGGGAUUUCCAGCCGUGAUGUCUGCAAUAUUUCGCUCUUUGUUUCUGGCUCUAUUCAGCCUGCUGUCAGUGGGUGCCCAGACGGAGAUGAAGAAGGUCGUUGGGGACAAUGCCACCUUACCAUGCCACCACCAGUUCCCAUCGUCCAACUCUCUUGACAUCGAGUGGCUGCUGCAGAAACCAAACUCCAAACAGAGAGUGAUCAUUACCUUCUUCGGGGGCCAGGUGUACACCAAUGAGGCAACCGGCAGCGAGGCCAGCCGUCUGUCCUUUGCUGGGGAGUUCCUGGGCGGAGAUGCCUCCCUGCUCAUCAGUGACCUGCUGCUGACCGACUCUGGGGAAUACUACUGUAAAGUCAAGACGGGGGGAAAGUACCAUUGGAGCCAGGUCAACCUCAUUGUGCUGGUCAAGCCUUCCAAGCCAAGGUGCUGGAUGGAUGGGAAACUCUUGGAGGGAAGUGAUGUCAAGCUGAGCUGUAAGUCCAGCGAUGGUUCAGACCCCAUCAGCUACAAGUGGGAGCGAGUGCUGGACAAAGGCAAGAGUCUGGGCAAACUGCCAAACCUGGCACUGAUAGAUCUCAAGAACCCAGAGAUCGUGACCCUUAGGAAUCUCACCAUGGACAGCACAGGUGUCUAUAGGUGUACAGCAAGCAACGACGUGGGAGAGGAAAACUGCACAAUCGAGGUCACAAUGCAGCAUGUGAGGGAUGUAGGUAUGGUAGCAGGUGCAGUGGUGGGAAUAUCCCUCGGUGUCCUUAUUGUCAUAUUAAUCAUCUGGCUCGUCUUCCGGAAGAAAGAGAAAAAGAAGUACGAGGAGGAGGAGACGCCAAAUGAGAUCAGGGAGGAUGCAGAGGCUCCCAAGGCCAAGCUAGUGAAGCCCAACUCCCUGUCCUCAUCCCGCUCUGGCAGCUCGCGUUCCGGAGCCUCCUCGACCCAGUCUAUGGUGCAUAACAGUGCUCAGCGUGGUCACCGCCCCCGCCCGCCUGCUGUAGCAGCUCUCAAGGAAAAUGGGCAGCCUCCAGGCUUCCCCCAGUCCCCUCCAGCCUACACCACAGUGGUGCCCCCCAAGACCCCCGAGCCCCCUGCCACUCCCAAAUACAACUCUAGGAACAUGUCUGGGCCCACACCCCCAACCCUCAUGGUCCCUGCCCAGACCAAGGCCUUUCAGACUGUGUAGGACUGAAAGCCAAGCCCUUCCUGCAGCCAUGUGAGACUCCCAUCCCUGCCCACGCCCCCUAGCCCCCUCCUAAAGACUCUUCUAUAAACAAAGAAAUGCAACUAGUUAAAAGGAUGUAAUUAAAAGAAUCAAUAUUAUAAGUCCAAAAGUACUUUUAAUGAAUGCAUACUUAAAAAGGGAAAAUAGGACAUGCUUGCCCCCUACUGAAUUACAUAAAACAACAAAACAAAAGAAAAAACAAGACCCGAGAUGCAACUGUUUGUGUCUCAUGGCUAAAGGCAGAACUUAUUUUUCGAGUUCCUUCUUUUGGCUUUGGAAGACACAGGGAAGCACCAUGUGCAUCGAGGUGGAAUGAGCCCCCUAGUAGAGCUUUUAUUUAUUUAUCAAAUCAAAGGGUUAGGCAUGCAAUGGAGAAAAAGAGGCAACAAAGGGAAAGCUGGGUAAUAAAGUAGACCCAAACUCUGAGCCAGGUACCAGUGGAGUCCUACAGCUGUUGAGCUUCGCUUGUCAACAAAUGCAAGAUGGAUGGAUACAAGCAGGGAGAAAACAUGGAGGAAGAAAACUGCAAGAGCGUCAUUCUGUGAUUCCUGUCACCCCGCGCCUCCGACUUGCUGCUUCCAGCACCUGCUCUGAAACCACAAACCCCUUUGCCUCCCGUGGGCUGGGCCGAUUGUGCCCAUCCAUGUGGACAGACACAGAGCGCGCGGCGUGUGCAUCAUCUGCCUCAGUGCUCUCGGUCUUUUUGUGCUCUCAUAACGAACCGGCAAGAAAGCACAGCGGCCCAGAGACUGAAUCAGCUGGCUCACAAACAGCUCAUCUGCUUUACCAAUCAGAAGGGGAAACUUCAGGUACAAGGAUGUAGCAUUGGCAGUGGAGUCAAAUCAAUGGAGUUGUUACCCCCCUUCCACAUUGUGUCUACAUCUAUGGACAUCCUUUUCUGGUACUGAAUAUAUUCCCUGAUUAAUUAAAUAGUAUGUAUUAGGCAGCAAGUCAAUAGCAAGUCAAUACUUAAAAUAUAGGGGAUAAGCAUCUAGUAGAACAGCAGGACUUGUUUUUCUUUUCUUUUGUUUCUGUUUUCCUGUGUCUCUUCUCUGUGAACAGGUUGUAAAGGGUGACAGACAGCUACGUGUCCAUUCAUCCAUAUUAAGAAGUGCCACCAAUCCCUAGGAUGGGUUACUAGUGUUGCUUUUUUUACUCUUGUGUUUACCUGUUACAUUUCUGAAGUGAAACCAAAAUCUGUCACCAUGAAUGUGUGAUGUGCAAAGAUGGUGGAUUCUAUUAUUUUCAGCCUCCUAUAAGAUAGCAAAUCAAUAUUCAAGCUAAGGCACAAAGAAUUGACCUUGAUGUUCAAUUUUACCUUUACAAAGUCUGAAUGAAGGGAAGGAGUAUGAUUCUGGAGACUUUAAUUGUAAAGGGUGUGUAUGGUAUCACUGUCAGUACUCUCCCUGGAUCCAUAACAAUGGAGUGGCACUUGAUUGCUGUCUCGAUGAAUCAGCGUGUCCUGCUUGGUUAUUGGUUGAGCUGUGCUAUCAGCCAAUCCCCGCUUUGUCGUAUCCUCAGACAGACCCAGAGCAGUGUGAUUGAAAGUAGCUGAAAAAAAAGGGCAAGUAGCCUAUCUAGUGUGCCUUUGCAAUCCCUCUUCCCUUUGAUGGUUUCUUUCUUUGUCCUUAUCUUCAGCACACCAGUGGUUAAGUCUCUGUUCACAUCCAGCUUUGAGGGUCAACAGCAGCAAAUACUGAGAGAUACAACUUCACAAACUUGCCCUAGUAAUAACAGAUGCAGCCUAGGGAGCGCCAAGCAGAGUGAAUUAUCCGUAGUGAGAAAGCAAUCCCAUGUCAUGGGACAAUGUACUGUAUAUUCUGUAAUCAGUCUUGUUUUAUAUUGUACAUACA